AUGCCUGAGUUCUUUAUUGUAAAGUCUUUCAGCAGUCCUUUGAAUAACAUUAAAGCUGAAACUGCAAAGAAGAAAGCAAUGUGGCUGUAUCCAAAAGUUUCAGGUUUUAAUCCUUCUGAGAGAUGGGGGCACUCUGCCUGCUAUUCCAAUGGGGUUGUUUACGUUUUUGGGGGGUGUUGCGGAGGUCUACAUUUUGGUGAUGUUCUCAUGCUAAAUCUCAACACAAUGGUUUGGAACACUCUGGAAACCGUAGGGCAGGGUCCCGGCCCUAGAGACAGCCACAGUGCUGUUCUUGUGGGGACUAAAAUGAUGGUGUUCGGGGGCACUAAUGGUUCUAAGAAGGUGAAUGAUCUUCAUAUUCUGGACCUUGCAUCGAAAGAGUGGAUUCGACCUCAUUGCAAUGGUGCUGCACCUUCUCCUCGUGAAAGUCAUACUGCCACGUUGAUUGGUGAGGAUAAGGUAGUGAUUUUUGGAGGAAGUGGGGAAGGUGAAGCAAAUUACUUGAAUGAUUUGUAUGUUCUGGAUCUUAGGACUAUGAGAUGGACUUCUCCUCAGGUGAGAGGUCAUAUCCCGGUCCCUAGAGACAGUCAUAGUGCUGUUGCAAUAGGGAACAAGCUUGUUGUGUAUGGUGGAGACUGUGGAGAUCGAUAUCAUGGAGAUGUUGACGUGUUUGACAUGGACACUUCAACGUGGUCAAGGUUGGCUGUUCAAGGCUCUUUACCAGGCGUUAGAGCGGGUCAUGCUGCUGUAAAUAUUGGAACAAAGGUUUUAAUUAUUGGAGGGGUGGGAGAUAAACACUACUACAAUGAUGUUUGGGUACUAGAUGUGAAUGCUUGUUCUUGGGCUCAGCUAGAUAUAUGUGGCCAGCAGCCUCAAGGGCGGUUUUCUCAUACUGCUGUUUUCACAGAAUCAGAUAUUGCUAUCUAUGGAGGGUGUGGGGAGGAUGAGCGUCCAAUCAAUGAGUUACUGGUUUUACAACUUGGAGCACAGCAUCCGAAUGGUCGUUAUAACAUUUCCAUGUGCAAAACUUUUGGAAGCCAUUGGAACCAAGAAAAGAGAAGAUUCCUAAGAGUAGCACCAAAUAACUUGAAAACUAUCUAUUUUGGGGAUAAUGACGUAGCAAGACAGGGAACUCAUGAACCAGUACAAGAAGCAAAGCACUCUUCUCAGUUAAAUUCAGAUACUCCAAACCCAAAGAGGAGAAGAACUGCCAAUUCAAAGGCAUGGGAGGUUGAGUCAGAGCAAGAAGAACAUUCCCUUUCGCUCUCGCAGCAUUCAUCUCCUUCACAAUCUGAUCAAGAACAAGCCCCAGCACAAAAACCCACAGAUUCCACGGGGUCUCAAGGACUAAACCUGUUUAAGCAGUUCCAUCAUAUUCCAAACAAUUGUCAGCCAAACAAUGUUCCAAAUAACCAUAAUGAGACCAGAUGUAUGGUCCACAAAACUCAACAAGAUGUGCAGUUUAUAAGAGAACAUCAAAACCUUCAAAAACCAGAACAAUAUCUUCAUGUUGUUCAUCCUGGCAGACAAGGAACACAAUACCUGGUUGGGGAACAGAAAUACUUAGAUGCAGGGCCUAUUCACAAUCUGCUUGGUGCUGAAGUUUGUGGUAAAGUUGAUGCGGCCUUCGACUCAGGUUUCCUGAUGACAGCAACUGUUAAUGGGAAGAUAUUCAGAGGGGUCUUAUUUCCACCUGGGCUGGGGUUCAUCUCGAGAGGGCCAACGCAUGCUCAAAGUCCUGCAUCAACAAGCCAGGUUGUUGCUGCUGCUCAGCCAUAUCUAAGCUCAAGCAAUUCAGAGCCCUACAAGUCCUCCCAGCCACCAACAAUGCGCACCGUGCCUGAAUCCGGUCAUAGCUCUCGAACAGCUCAGGUAAACAGACCGAAUUCGGUCACCAGAGCUACUUCCUCUGCAUCAAAAGAUCCAAAGCUAAGAAGUGAUCUUAGAGAUGUGGUUCUUACACUAGGAGGACCUGGAACUAGUCAUGUCUGACAUUCGUAGUAUAUAUAUAUAUAUAUAUAAACCCUGCUUGUGGGCAUCAAAUGAUAGCCCUUUCUUCCUCUUUGCUUGAUCAUGUAAAUGUUGAUAUAUAUAAUUUUUUCCCUUUUUUUAAAAAAAAUUUUCCCUCUUGAAAGAUGGUCAUUGUAUUUUAGGCUUUUUUUAUGAUUUGAGGUGAUUGUGUUUGAGCACUAGAUUUCUUUAACCUUUUUGGCAUGUAGCCUUUUACCUAAAAAUGGUUAAAAAGGUAA